AUGGCGCUUGCAGUUGGCGACGAUGUGGUUGAGAGCCUCUGGACCAAUGAGUGGAAUAAGAACAAUGAUCGGCUGCUGCAGGCAGUGGAGAAUGGCGAUCCUGAGAAAGUGGCUUCAUUGCUGGGUAAAAAGGGAGCCAGUGCCACCAAACAAGAUAGUGAGGGCAAAACUGCUUUUCACCUGGCAGCCAUGAAAGGGCAUGCAGAGUGCCUCAGAAUCAUGGUGACACAUGGUGCAGAUGUGACAGCCCAAGAUGGUGCAGGUCACAGCGCUUUACAUCUUGCAGCAAAGAACAGCCACUCUGAUUGCAUUAAGAGGUUACUUCAGAGUAAAUGUCCAGCAGACAGCACUGACAAUUCUGGGAAAACAGCUUUACAUUAUGCAGCUGCAUGUGGUUGUCUUCAGGCAGUUCAACUUCUGUGUGAACACAAAUGUCCAAUUAAUGUCAAAGAUUUGGAUGGGAACAUACCUCUGCUGCUUGCAGUACAAAAUGGUCAUACGGAAGUCUGCAAAUACCUUCUGGAUCAUGGAGCAGACAUCAACACCAGGGAUAAAAAUGGAAGAACUGCUUUGAUGAUGGCUUGUGAAGCUGGUAGCCUUAACAUGGUGGAAGCCUUCCUUAGGAAAGGUGCAGAUGUCAGUUUAGUAGAUGUCUUUGAACAGAAUGCCCUGCAUUACUCCAAGCUCUCCAAGAAUACAGGGAUCCAGAAUCUCCUAUCAUCAUCAAAGUUAUCUCAGGAUGUGGAUACAAAGUCACUGACAAAAGCAAAGCAGCAGGAAGAAUUCAGCUCCUUGCAUCGAGAUAAUAAAGACAGACUGAGUGACAGCACAACAGGUGCUGAUAGUUUAUUGGAUGUGAGUUCUGAAGCUGACCAGCAAGAUCUACUUCUGUUGAUGCAAGCAAAAAUCGCUUCUUUGACAUUGCACAAUAAGGAGCUACAGGACAAAUUACAGGAAAGAACACCUAAAGAAGUGGAUUCAACCAUAGAAUCUUAUCAUUCAACCCAAACAGAGUUUGAUCAAACAGCAGAUAGACAAAGUGAGUUCUCAGCUCAGGAGCUGAAGUCUACAUUAAAUGCCACCCAAAUUCAAGAAAAGUUGGCAAGCCCCAGUGAAGUAAAAAUGAAGUACCUCCAGGAAGACUUAAAGGAUGUGCAGAGGAAAUUAGAGAAUUCUGAAGCCAAAAGAAAGCACAUAGAAGCUCAGGUCCAGUCUAGAGUCCCAGAAACAGAUCAUUUAAAUAGCAUAGACAUUUCAGAAAAUGGUUCUGAUCUUAACCUGAAGUUCCAAGAAACUCAAAACAGGUAUGAGGAAGCUGUGAAAGAGGUUUUGAAUGUACAACGGCAAAUGAAGCUGAGUCUUGUUUCCUCUGAAAGUGAAGAAACCAGUUCUGAGCCGAGUAGGUUGAAGGUUACAUGCGAAGAAGUUGAAAUGCUUAAGCAAGAAUUGAAGAGAGCAUUGGAGGAAAGUGAAAGACAAAAAGAGAAAGUGAGAGCGCUACAGAAAAAUUUUGAAGAAAGAGAGCAGAAUGUGGCAAGCAAAUUGUCUGUGGAAGAGUGUGAGGAAAUAAAGAAUUCAUAUUGUUCAGUUAUUGAUAACAUUAAUCAAGAGAAAGCAUUGUUGAUUGAGAGGUACAAAGAAGGGCAAGAGGAAAUUAAAAGGCUACAGGACAAGCUGACAAAUCAGACACAGUUGGAAUCUAGUGCUGAAGCUGGAGAAAUGAAAGAUGCGAUGCACAGAAUGAUAGAUGAGCUCAACAGACAACUUAGUGAAUUGUCUCAGUUGUACAAAGAAGCACAAAUAGAACUUGAAGACUAUAGGAAGAGAAAAACUCUAGAUGAUAUAGCUUUGGAGUACAUUCCUAGAGAUGAACAUGAAAAACUGAUGCAGGUAACAAAUUCUUUGAAAUACAAAGCAGAGAAUGAGUUAUCAGAAAUUAAAUCCCAGUACACAAAAGUAUUAGAUGAAGCAGAAGAACUAAAGCAACUGUUAGACACUCAGAAACAAAACUCUUUGCCAAUUACUGAACACCAUCAGGUGAUGAAUGCACUCAGAAAUACUGUAAAGAAAAUGGAGGAAGAAAUAAAUGAGCUCAAAGGACUGCUUACCAACAAGGAAAGCGAAGUAAGAAACCUACAGAAGGAAUUACUGGAAGAAAAAGCUGCAAUUAAUGAAGCAAUGGUACCCAAGGCUACAUAUGAAAAGCUCCAGUCAUCAUUAGAGGGUGAAGUUAGUGUUUUGUCAUCCAAACUGAAGGAUGUAAUCAAAGAGAAGGAAAAUGUGUCCUUAGAUGCUAUGCAACUGAGAAAUGAAGUUUUGCACUUGAAAGAAGAGAAAGAAGGUAUGCAUACUCUGCUUGAAGCAAAGGAACGGGAGGUGACUGGUCUUCACCAAAAGUACCAUCAAGCUCAAGAUGAUCUUGAAAUGAAAAGAUAUUCUGAAAGCUCAUCAAAACUAGAAGAGGAUAAAGAUAAAAAGAUCAAUGAAAUGUCCAAGGAAGUUAGCAAAUUAAAAGAAGCAUUGAACAGCCUUUCUCAGCUUUCCUACUCAACCAGUGCUCCCAAAAGACAAAGCCAGCAGCUGGAGGCAUUACAACAACAAGUGAAGCAGUUGCAAAACCAACUGACUGAAACAAAGAAACAACAUCAGGAAAUUGUCUCAGUUUACAGGAUGCAUCUUCUCUAUGCUGUGCAGGGUCAAAUGGAUGAAGAUGUCCAGAAAGUACUUAAACAAAUUUUAUCGAUGUGUAAAAGCCAAUCACAGAAAAAGUAAGGAAAAAAGCCAAGGAAAACUCCCCAUUUUUAUUAAUCCUGUUAUGGGUAUUUAUCUAGAUUUGCCUUAACAUAAGAUUUUAAAUUGGCAAUUUGCUGCUUUUGUGUUAUUGUGCUGUUUGUGAGGUGGAUUUGUUUGUCCGUCUCUACCACUUCCCAUGUGCAUUUGUGUGUGCAGUAACUAAACACAUGCCUGCUUUUCAUAUCCAAAAUGCAAGUAUGUUCUUCAGACUUACUUAGGCCACUCCAUGUCAUGUUUACCCUGAAAGUACUUUCUGGUUUCCUCAAAUAGAGGGAGGUUAAUCUGGAGGAAAGCACUCAUGUUGCCCGGGUAAAGGUGAAAUUCUCCAUAAGGUCUUCUGUACUGUUUAUAAGUUGCAUCUUGUUACUGGGGAGUAAUUUAGUUGCUUGAUGUUGUAGCACUCAGAUUCCUGACGUUUUGCCAUAUGCAGUCUUUGGCAGAGCAGAAGUGAGCCUUGCAGCAGUGAGCAGAAGUAGAUAUUUAUGGUAAGCCAGAACAUCAAACAGCUACACUUCUUAAUAUAAUAUUUAAGAUUAACACACCAUAAGGUAGCUGUCCCAACCCAUCCAAUGCACUGAGUACACAAAAAUCAUACCAUGCUUCAUAGUUUCCUUGAACUGCCUGAUAGUGGAAUGAAACUAUUUCAAAAGGUAAAAUCAUUAGUUUAUUGAAGUUCUGUACAAAGCAGUACAGAAAGGUCUGUGUAAACAACCCUUUAUGAUAGGUUUAGCUAUCUAUGCAAGUGUUGGCCAUGAAGCUCAGGAACAAAACCAGAAGAACAUAUACUUUAGACAAGGGAUUCUAGUGAACACAGGAUGUUUACAGUGAAUGUCAAUGCCUCAUACUUCCUAACCUCACUUUUGUAAAGAACUUCUCUUCAGUAUAUUUUUAUUGGCCCUCUAAUGAUUUUUUUUUGUAACUAAACCAUUUUUUCUACAUAAUGUUUGCAUUAAGCUUAUUAACAAAUAUUUUUAGGUAAUCGUGCUUUAGAGAGUUUCUUUUUAUACUCCCAAGUAUUCAGUAAUAGUGAAGCAUAGUGAAGUGUUUUCAGUAUGAAAAAGAUCUGUAUGGAAUAAUAGACUUGUCUGUCAGUGUGGUCCAGAGCAGUGAAGUGUAAAAUGCAAUUUGGCCUGCUGUUUCAACAAAUGUAGAAAUGAUAGGUAGAGAACAGCAAAAGGUGUCAAAAAUUUCUACAGGUUGUUUCUAGAGGCCAGGGGCAUCAGUAAAGCCUUUAUCAGCACUUCUAAAUUUAAAAGUCGAAUAAAAAUGCCUGAUGUGGUAUAGUAUGAAACUAUGGAAAAAUGUUUCUAAGCAUACACUGCACUUGAGGGUACAACCAUUCUAACUAGCUUGCAGCUUCACUAUGGUAUUUGUUUUAUUCCUGUUAGUGGAUAUGUCUCUAAUAGAGAAAUCUCCAGAGCUAUAUAAUCUAUGAAGUUUAUAUAGAGUCAUAAUAUGACAGGAGUCAGCAGCACCUCAGGCUGACUGGACUCAUAGUGCACUUAGAUAAUUCCUAACCUUGGUAAAACUAAAAUGUAUUUUAAAAACAAAACAAAAAAUCACACCUUUGCAUCAGUUAGACCUUGGUGUUACUUUUCUUGGGUGGUUUAACUAAUGCCUGCUAAUUUUGAACAGUAUUUUAUAGUUAGAUGGUUUUAAAAAUGCUCCAAAGAAAUGUGAAAAGAAUUUUGCUGCAGCACUUCAAAAUGAACAACAAGAUUUUAAGCAUGCUAAUGCUGCAAAGUAUAAAACUUGAUAAACCAUUUUAUAGGUUGCCUGAUGGAUUUAGUCAUCUACUUUGUUUUGGUUUGUAUAUUUAUUACAAUUAUCUUUCUGGAAUAUUGAAAAUUAUACACUACAGCAUAGCAAGUUUCUUUAUAUGUAAUUUGCAAGAAGUUUCCUUAUGCAGCAAAUAAACUAUUUCCAAUUUUUUCA